GUUUGGACGUGCGCAGUGAAAACAAACCGUGACGUGGCUAAUCCUGCCGCACAUAAAAGUCAGAGAGACAGCUAGAGAGAGAAACGCAGAUUAUUCGCAGAUUUAUAGAAGAUUGAAGAAUUUGGAAUGUGUUAACAUCUAAACUAAGUCCUGAAAACAAAGACGAUAAAUCUCUAUUUUUCGGGAAGGCGUCUGUUCUAGCGGCUAGCUGCUGCUUAUAGCCUCCAGAGCUAACAACAACAACACACACACACACGGAGAAAAGGCAUGAAUUAAAAUGUCUGACAGCGAAGCUUCAGUAGCUGAGGGUAAGGAGGUCACGGCAGGAGGAGGACAUGCAGAGGACACACCCGACGCGCCACCAACUCCACCUGAUGUUUCCACUGACGUAGCCCCGACGAGGAAGGCCAGGAGGAGAGCAGAGGUUAAACCUGCAGCUCAGGAAGAGCAGAAGGAGACGGAGGAAGAAGAAAAGGAAGUGGAGGAGCCAAGCGAAGGAAAGCAGCUGCCAAAGACGUCCAGUGAGUCGUCAGUGUCUCAGGCUGGUUGGGGUUACUGGGGCAGCUGGGGGAAAUCCAUCCUGUCCACAGCAACAGCCACUGUGGCCACUGUGGGUCAAGGCCUCACUCAGGUGAUCGAGAAAGCCGAGACGUCGCUGGGAAUCCCGAGUCCCACCGAUCUGUCAGCGCAGGUGGAGGAAGAAGAGAAACAGCAGCGUGAGGCCACGGAACUUUUGUCAUUGUUUAACGUUUCUCCCACAGAUAACGGCGGCAGCGAGUCGGACAGAGCAGUGGGCGGAGCUAUGGGAGUGUUUUCAUCGCUCUCCAGCGUUGUCCAAAGCACCGGGAAGACGGUGAUCAGUGGAGGUCUGGAUGCACUGGAGUUUAUCGGGAAGAAGACAAUGGACGUGAUCGCAGAAGGGGACCCGGGUUUCAAGAAGACCAAAGGUCUGAUGAGCAGGAACAACACUCUGUCACAGGUGUUGAGGGAGGCGAAGGAGCAAGAGGAGCUUCAGGCGGCAGAAGAAGACGAGUCGCCAGACUCGCAGAAGAAGGUGGUCGCUCACUACGGCAUGCUGUUUGACGAGUUUCAGGGUCUGUCGCACCUCGAGGCUCUGGAGAUUCUGUCCAGGGAGAGUGAGUCUAAGGUGAAGUCCGUGCUGACCACGCUGUCUGGAGACGAGCUGCGACAGCUCAGGGGAGAGCUGGACGACAUCAAGGACUCUUUCUCCCUGGUGGAGUUUGAUGACGAGGACGUCGACGAGCAGAAGGAUGAAGACGGCUCAGAAUUUGAGAAGGAGUUGGUGACGGCUUUGGAGGGUUUGAGUGUUUCCACCACAGUGGACAAACUCAGCAAAGCAUGUAAGAACACCUGCAGUCAGAUCAGUCACAUGACUCAGACUGAGAGGGAAGGAGGAGAAAGCGAGAAGAAAACUCCCGCUGUUGAGGAGAUUCACGCCGCAGCCAUCAGGAGUCUGGCGGAGCUGACCGCUCGAUCCAUCGAGCUUUUCCACAAACUGGCGGAGAAGAUCCUCCUCUCUGGCGACGCCACAGAUGCCAGCGUCCUAUCGCAGUUAACUGUCGUUCUGUGUAAAGAACUCUCGCUGCUCUCCAAGAAGUUCACGUCCUGUUUAACCACGGUGGGGUCAAACGAGAAGGGGGACGUCCUCAACCCGCUGAUUACCGGAGUCUUUUUAGAGGCGUCAAACAGCGCUUCCUACAUUCAGGACGCUUUCCAGCUUCUGAUGCCUGUUCUGGAGAUUUCGCACAUCCAGAGAAGAACAGAUUCCACGGAGCAGUGAGUGGACACCGCCCAUCGCCUCUGACCUUUGACCGAAGUCACAGCUGAUAACUGUGCACUUGGCCACUGUAUGUUUGUUUGUUUUUUCCUCCUAUUUUAAAUAAAAACAAAAACCUGUGUGUGUGUGGGCAGGUUUUUAGUUUCCAGCUCAGGACAAAAACGGUUUCACACCUGAAAGGAAAAACAAGUGUUAACAUAUAUAUUUGUUUAAAGUUGAUUUAAGAAAAAACAUUAAAACUUUUUUUGUCAUUCCUCUGUCGGUAAACUUGCGAUCUACUCUGCAAUCCCGAGCUCAAAUCUAUAUUGUUUAAUGUUUAUCGUCAUUUUUGACCCAAGUUUGCUGGUAAUACAGCAGGUGGCAGUGUUUUAUAAUAAAUAGCCAAUGGAAGCCAAUUCAAAAAAGACAUUAAUAUUAUGAUCAGGAAUGAUCAGGUUUUAGUUAACAUGAAUGGGACAUUUUUGGCACUUAAGGUGUUAAUAGUGAGUAUUUGACACCACCAAAAGUAAUAAAGCAAAAAAAUCGUUGGUAAUCAAGGCUCUCAGGCUGUGUUAUCCUACCAAAAUAAAUGUUUUUAAUCAUGUAGUACAUGAAAAAUAUUGCAAAUUUUGUUUUUUGUUUAUGCUAAAAAUGUGUUUUUUGCAAACCUCAAGUGUUUUUCUUAAAUGUUACUUAAAAAAAUCUAACCAUUGAAAAUGCAAAAAACGUGUAUAUAAUUGAUGGCAGUUUAUGUGGGUGGGACAAAUGAUCAUGAUUGCGAAUCAGUGACAUAUCUCAGGCUUUGUUAUCCUGCCAAAAUAAAUGAUUUUAUCACGCAGUAUAUGAAAAACAUUGCAAAUGUUUUUGUUCAUGCCAAGAUUUGCAGUUGUUUUUUUGUUUUGUUUUUUGCAAAACUGGCUUCUUUUUAAGUGUUUAGCAUGAAAUAAUGACCAAAUAGAAAAAAAAAUGUUUGCCUGAAAAACAAUAAAAUAUUUUUUA